UAAUAUAUGUAUAUAUAUAUUCUUUUAAUACUGGUUUAAUACUAUCAAUGAUUUCUCAGAAAAAACAAAAUACCAAUAAUAGCGCAAUUACACAAAGAAUUUGAUAUAGUGAUUACGCUGCUACAGAGUAAUAACAAUUUUAUAUAUAAUAUGGACAGAUCUUUAAAGAAAUUACUACGACUAUAUCCAAUAGCACGUAAUUGGGCAGUUCUAUCAAAUCAUAUAACACCGUUUCCAUCAGUACAGAGUUUAUCACGAAUAUAUAACACUAGUUUGACAGACCAUACACAAAUGGAAGAUUUUCCAUUAUUAAAAAGAAAUAACUAUGCAUCUGAUGAUAUCAAAAUACAUAAAUCCAUGGAAAUCUUAGAAAAAGCAGCAACAAAUUAUACAAAUAUGACUAUACAUGAUGUUGUUCAUACAAUGUCUACUUUAUUUGACAUAUCUAAAGAAAUGGAAGAUACACAAAUUAUUAAAAAGCACAUAGGCUUUAUACGUUUAUGUAAAAUAGUAAACAAGGACAUUAGACUCAUAAAGACACAUGACAUUAUUGAAAUCUUGAAAAUAUUUGUAUAUUUUAAACUCCCAAGCCACAGUAUUGUAAUUCAAUCACUGCUGCAAAUGAUUCGUACAACUAUAAAUGAGAUGUCUCUUCAAAAUAUAAUGUUUUUAAAUUUUUUAUUAAAGAAAAUGGAUAGCACUCCAUUGCGAGAUGCUUUACUGAUAGCUUUGCCUCUUGUAUUUGAAGCACAAUUACCUACAAAGUUAGAAUCGGAUAAUAUAGUUAAUUUAAUAUGGUCUUUGAGAUAUGUAAAUGAAAAUAAUAUAAAUAAUGCAGAAAUAAAAGAUAUAAUAUUCAAAUCACUGUGGAAAUAUGAAAAUGAUCUAGAUGUACAAACAGCUUGUAUUAUUUUUUACAAUUUGUGUUCUAUAUAUGUUCUAUCUCCAAUAGCUUUUGAAUUAUUAUCUAAAGUACAAGAAAUACUCAUAGCUAAUGCGAAAAAUUUAUAUAUCGAGGAAGUAAUCAAGAUACUCGAAAAACUAAUAUUUGUCACUACAAUGAACAAAAACCAUGGAUACAAGUUCUACAAUGAGACAUUAGUGGAUGCUUGUGUCAAUUCAGCAUUAUCUUCAAAUAUUAAUUUUAACAGUGGUAUUCAUUUACUCAAACUGUUAAAUGAUUUAAAUUAUGCACAUAUACCAUUCUUGGAAUAUUUAGCCGCAAAAUGUUUCCAAGAUCCAAAUCUAUUAAAAGAUGCAUCAUUUUUUAAAGUAUCAAUUUUCUUAGAAGGACUUAACAAUGCUGAUUACAAGCCAGUAUUUUGGGAUAUUAUACGAGAUGCGAUAUUUGCAAGUGAAGUGGAAAAUAAAUUUUUCAGAAAAUCUAUGAUCAAAUUUGCUCUACUUUUGACAGCAUUAGAUUGUUAUAAUCCAAAUUUACUCAAGAAAGUUUUUUCUGAGAAUAUAAAAAUUAGAAUUGAUAAGAGGAAGAAUAUUUAUGCUAAAGAAAUAUUACUUUUAUAUCAAAGUGUUAAGACAUUGUAUCCUACAUAUGAUGGACCAUUGCCUUCGCAGGAGAUACUAGAAUAUGCUUUUAACAUUAGUCCAACUUUUCCUAAAUAUUCUAUAAAAGCAGCAUUAGAACUAGCACUGGGUGGACCUCAGUAUAUUUGCAAUAACUUAAGAACAAAACUUGGUCAUCAUAUUGACCAUGUUGUUGUAAUGAGGAAAGGUGGAUAUCCUGUUGCAAUUAAUACAGUUAUGUCCAAUGAAACUAACACGAUUUACAUCGAGGAUAUACCAACUCCAAGUGAAAGUCAAAUAAUACUUAUCUUUAAUUUACCUGAUACAGCAUAUGCUGUGAAUUCUCAAAGAUUGAAGAGUACAUGGUUAUUAAGAAUAAAGUCUGCUGAGGAAUUAACAAAAUCCAACACAAUUGCAAUAAAUUCUACUUCUUGGGCAAAAUUAUUCGAACAUGAAAAAGUUCCCUAUUUGAUGCAAGCUAUAAGACUGAAAUGUGAAGACCUUUCAGAUUCAGUUAAUUAAAAUAUUGUAAUUGAAUUUUGAUUGAAAUUUGUAAUUGAUAUUAUAAAACAUUAUCCCUACAAAUAGGGAUUUACAAAAUUGUAAACAAAUGCAGUUACAAAUGUAUAUUUAUUAUUAUGUGUAUAGUAACAUAAAUAGAGAAAU